AUGUUCCGCCCGUGGAUCACACUUCCUCGACUCCCCCUACAUUUUCUUGCGAAAGGUUAUCCAAGUGCUGUCAGAAACCAUGCCUCGUGUCGCCAAAAGGCUUCGGCCAAGACCCCUCGCAAUGCCGCAGACCCUAAUGGCCGCGUGGUUGUGCCCCAACCUCCUAGCGGCACAUCCCACAUGCCUGACAUGCCUGACAUGAGGCCUGGCGAUGAAAACACCGAUACAGUCAUUCUGUCGCCAGGCAAAUCUACUCAGCCCAUGGUCUCUACGGCAGGGACAAAACGGAAAGCCGACGCGUCAGAGCACAAGGAGAUAGAGAUAGACGAUGAAGACCCGCGUCUUGAUGUGAUGAAAUGGGACUGCAACCAGAUUCGGCGCAAAAUCAAGAACUUCAUUGAAUCCAAGGAGAUGAAAAUCGGCGAGUUCCAAGAUACGAUCAGGGUUUCGUCACGGAGCUAUAAUGCAUUCCUCAACUUGAGUGGCAAAAUGAGAGGGAGCGAGUCCAAUACAUACGCCUACGCGCACCGGUUCUUUGCCAAACGGGAGCUGCAGGGCAUUAAGGAGCGCAAGAACAAGCGAAUCAGCAAGCAGGCGAAAUUGGACAGCGAGAAGAGGUACGAUGUCAGCGGUAUCCACCUUCCCGGGGAAGAGGAAUGCAAGGUAAUGGUCUUCGAUACAUGCGACGAGGUCCGGAAGAAGAUCCGUGCUUAUCUGCGGAAUCCUAAUGUUACUAAAGCCGGCUUUCUCCGGGAGAUUGUGAAGGCAUACCCGCCAGAACAAGAUGUGAAGUUGCAAGGCAACUCUUUGACCCGGUUUCUGAAUAUGGCCGGUCCCAAUGCGGGCAACACGAACGCGGUCUUCUACGCCGCUUAUGUUUUUUUUGAGAAGUUGCGUAUUCGUGAUGACCGGCCCAAGACCAAGUUUCGGGAAGAGAUGGAAAAGAUCUGGGGCCGUCAGGGUGGAUUCGAUACCACAACCGCUCGCCAUAGGGGAGUUUGGUGCCAUGAGAGCGAAUUUGAGUAUGUCGAUAAGUACGGUCGGGGGUUCGGCAGGAGGAAAUGA